CCCGGGCCAUAACCCAGUCGAUAGCGUGACCUUUUCAAACGAGACAACCAGCAAAGAUAAUACGUGGUAACGCCCAUCCAGGCGUGGCUAAAUAUAAAUUUACACAGCAGCUCCAGUGGACAAGGGGAGAAUCAGAUAUCACAGUUUCCCGCCAACUCAAUAACUUUCGCCGUUGCAGCUUUGGUGUUUUUUUCUCAUCCACCAACUUCAAAAUGUCUGAGGGAGAUAUGGCGAUAGAAAAGGUGGAAAGCAAAGAAAAGAAAGAACAAACGUCUGCAAAUUCUAAUGGAACAAUUACAGAUCGUAGAACUCCCUAUACUCGAGCGCAGAACACGACCAAGACCGCGGAAGUGUCUAAACACAUAUGCGUGUGCGAAGAGAACCUAGAGGCCGAGUCCUUCUGCGCCGACUGCAAGGAAUGGCUGUGCAACCAGUGUGUGUCGGCGCACAAGCGGGUGCGCAUCACCAAGGACCACGAGAUCCUGGUGCACGACAGUGUUCCCAAGAUGGACAACAGUGUGGCCGACCAGAACCUCUUCUGUAAGCAGCACCGGCACGAGAAGCUCAAGUUCUUCUGCGAGGACUGUCAGAAGCUGAUGUGCCGCGACUGCCAGCUGGUGGAGCACAAGGACCACAAGUACCAGUUCCUCAACGAGGCCACCGUCAGCUACAAGCAGCAGCUGGAGACGAACCUGGCCAUGAUGUUGGAGCUCAGCAAGAAGCUGAGUCAGGUGCACGGCAGGAUCGAGCAGUGGCUUGUCAAGCAGGUCCAGACCCAGGCAGACGCGCUCAUCAAAUCGAUCAAUCAGAAUGUGCGCACCUGUCCCCCUCCAUUGAUUCGAAGUCCGCCUCACAACAAGUUGUCACUAAACUAUGUCAACAAUCGUCCAGGAUCUGCAGACUCCGACUCUCAUCAAGGAAGUGACCCGGAGAGACCCUCUUCUAGCAAGUCUGAUGGUGAUUUAUCUUCAACCACACAAGUGAAACAAGAAAACACUCGCAGUGAUGAUUGUGUGAUCACUUCAGCUCGCAUUAAAGGAGAACCAAGCUGUAAUCAGGACAGUACAUCCAUGGCCGGGGAUGUGGAUGAUCCGAACGACGAUGAAUGCGCGUGUUGUCACAACGGUGGGGAGGUGCUGUGCUGUGAGAGGUGUCCAUGUGUCUUCCACCUUCAGUGUCACAUCCCACAACUACCGGCAAUACCCAAUGGUGUGUUUGUGUGUACCCUUUGCUCAACAGAAGAUAACAAUCAACUCGGCCCAGUUCCUAUGGACACUCUGAAUGGCACAAAAUGCAAGGCGCCUAGUGGCUUAACAGACAAAGAAAUGAAGAUAUGCGAGCGACUUCUGUUAGAGUUAUUCUGUCAUCCAAACAGUGUUGCUUUUCACGAGCCAGUCAGUAAACAGGCACCGAACUAUUACAAGAUAAUCAAGAAUCCAAUGGAUUUCACGAAAGUCAAGUGCAAGUUGUCACGUCAACAUUUCAACCACUACAACUGUGUAGAGGACUUCAUCGCCGACGUCAAGCUUGUGUUCAUCAACUGUAGCACAUACAAUACUGAUUCAUCAGAAGUUGGUAAGGCUGGACUCAUAGUGAAGAAAUACUUCGAGGGACUGGUAGAGAAACAUUUGCCACAGUACGUGGAGUUUUCCAAGUCCUACCGCAAGAUGGUGGAGAGACUGACGGUGGAAGUGGACGUGGCAGAUUCUGAACCCGAGGCAAAGAAGUCUAAAUCAACCACCCCACCUCUACACAUCUCCUAUCAUUAUAUAGAGCACUAGACAUUCUUCUCCUCCAGCAUUUUCAUUGAUACUGCUAGUGCAUUCCUGUUUAUAUAAAUAUUUAUGAAAUGAACUGAUCCAAGACUGGAGUAUAUUGUUAAAGAGCUGGUGUCUGUUUCACAAAACAUCGUAUGUUUACGAUUACAGUUGGCAUUGAACACCUGUGGUAUGUCUUUACGAAAGACUUAAGUACAGUAAGGACAUAUAUUUGUUUUUGUUUUUUUACAUUUAUCUCAAAUUUUUAUUUUUAUUUGUACUGUUCUACUUACUAUAUUUAUGUUUAUGUGCAAAACUAGGCUUAUGACGUUUUGUGAAAUUGAUCCCUGAUGUCUGUCCAUAUAACAAUAACAUUAUGAAAAUUGACAGCCUUUAUGUUCUACUUAUUUCAGUGUUACAGUGUUUUGUGUCAUUAAAAUGUUAGACAUUC